UGGGAUUGGGGUGGGAUGGGGUGUUGCACCUACCACACUCACUGCUCGCCCUCUGCACACACAGAAAGCAGAGAGGAAGCGAUGAUGUGUGCAUACGUCAAGUGUGUGUCUGUGUGCAGUGCAGUGGCCUACCCUCGUUGGGGGCCAUGUCCGAGGUCCAGAGCGUGAGGUUGUCCCUCAGCAGCUGCAUGAUCAGCGUGCUGUCCUUGUACGAAUCCUCGCUGACACACACACAAGACACCACACCACACCACACAAGAGUGAGAACGGCCUUGCUGAGAGCUAAGUGCGCGUCUUUUGUGUAGUGAGCUGCAGGUCCCUACUGGCGUACCUGACGUUGUCGAGUUCGGCGAUGGCGUCCUCGAAUGCCUGGCGGGCCAUCUUGCACGCCUCCUCGGGGUUGUUCAAAAUCUCAUAGUGGAACACUGAUGAUGGAUGGAUGGCACAUAACACACAGAGGGAAGGUCCACUCAAGGACACCUGUGUGUGUGUUGGUUACUUACCCGAGAAGUUGAGUGCGAGUCCGAGUCGGAUAGGGUGUGUGGGGAAGAGUUCGGUGCUGGCGAUGGUGGUGGCCUCCUUGUAGGCGUUGUGGGCCGCCUCGGCCGCAGUCUGCUUGGCCUGCUCGGUCGAGUACUCGCUGACGUAGCGGUGGUAGUCCCCCUUCAUCUUGAAGUAAAACACCUUGCUCUCACCCUGCACAACAGGAGGAUAGGACACACCACACACACAACAUCACGACCUCUCCUCCCUCCUUUUGUGUUUGUGGGUGCUACCGAUUGCGAGGUCGGGAUGAGGAACUCGUCUGCACCAACGCACACACAUACGAUACACAGGUGCACUCACAGGCGUGUGUGUUGUGUGUGUCUUGCGCGGACCGAUGAGCUGGAGCACGGUGUUGCAGAUGUUGUUGAGUUCCGUCUCGACCUUGGUGCGGUAUGCCUCGCAGCGUGCCACGUUCUCGACGGCGCCCUUGCUCUUCUCCUUCUGCUCAACGCUGCUGAUGAUGCGCCAAGACGCACGACGGCUGCCCACCGCAUUCUUGUACGCAACCGACUGCAUCACCACACAUACGUCACACACAUCACACACGCACAUGCGCAUGGCGUGGCGUCCGUCUCUCAUUUAUUCUGUGCGGUGCGUGUGGUCAUGUCCCAUCCCCGACAUCCCCACCCCGUUGACUGACCAGCAGGUUUCGCUCCUCGACGGAGAGUUCCUCCUUGGCGCCGGGGAGACUCUGAGCCACAAUCUUCAUGUAGUCCGCCAUCUCUGAGGACCACCGCACCACACACACACACACGGGUGAGAUGGCACGUCGCCUCCCUCCCUCCCUCCCUCCCUCCCUCCCUUCUCUCUCCCGGUUGCCUGCGUACCGUCAUAGCGCUCAGCCUGCUCCGCCAGCUUGGCCAUGUACACCUGCACACCACACAGAGGCAGCGAUGACGUGGGAUCGACUCGUCGCCACGGCGGUCUUUCGUGUGUUGGGCGUGGCAUGUGUGUGUGGGUGGCUGUGUGCCGGGCCUUACAUUCUUCUCGCGCUCUGUCGACAUGGUCCUGGAGGUGUCGAAGGACUAGAGGACGAGACGAAACGAGCGGGAGUUGAACGAACAAGGAUGCUUGGCAAGU